CCUGGGGGAGGAAGGGCGCGCCGCGGCGGUUUUGUUCCUGAUCGUGCCGCGAGUGGGAGGUCCGCGCGCCGGGGCAGAGGUUAAAGGCUGAGGAAAAAGCGAUGUGAGGGCCGAGAGAGGGCCCUGCCCGUGAGAUGGAAAAGGGAGUAUUUUACUGCCUUAUCCCUCCGCCUUCAGACAGCGCUGUGCUGGAGGGGGAGGUUACCCCGCCUGCUUCCUUGCCCCCCUCUCACUCUGGUAUCCACAGCCGCUGCGGCAGUGGGUGCUCGAGGCCCUUUGGGGGGAGGGCGGCCCCCGCGCUGGGCACGGCGCCCGGGCAGGCGUGCGGCGAGGCGCGGUAACGCUCGGCAGCGCAGAGGUCACGGAGAGCCGUUCCGCGCCGCCAGGGGAGGGCGGCGGCGCCGGUCUUGCACUUCCUGCGGAGGCGCGACGCGCUCCCCUUCUCAUUGGCUGUUUGGCAGCCUGCUCCCGCCCUGCGCCGACACGCAGCCAAUGGGAGGCGGGCGCCGCGGGAGGCGGUGGGGGGGCGGGCCGCCUCGGCCGUUGUUUCUCUCGAAGGCCGGGGGAGGGGAGGCCUCUCCCCCCUCUCCCGGGGCGACGGUUGGAAAAAGUGUGCGGGCGGUUAAACCUAGUUGUAGGCGCGGAUACCGGGCAGUAAUGCUGCGUCGCGGCGGUGGGCGCUCUGAGAGGCCCGCCCUGGAUGCCUCCCUGCCUUCGUCCUCAGAGGCCUCGGCCGCCGUGGUUCGGGUCGCCGUGGGUCGGCCCUGGCCCGCGGCGCUAGGCCUCCGCCGUCGUUCUGAGGGAAGCAAUGAGACUGAAACUUCUGGGCCUUCUGACUAGAUCUUCCUGUGUUUUAGCAGAAGUAUGCAGAUGCCAAAGCUUUAAUAAAAUUGGAUGUCCACUAUUAAAACUAAGUAAUGAAGUUGAUGGAACAGCCGACAGAACAGCAGGCAAGAUCUGGAACUUUUGUCCUCUGAAAACUGGUACCCCUUGUGUGACAAGUCAAUGUGUCCAAGUCAAGAAUUGGCAGUUGCUCCGAGGAAAGGUAUCAGCUUUGGGAAAAAACAUAUAUUAUCAGAGUGGGGAGACUUUUUUUCCACCCUGGGAAGGUUUUGGUGCGGCAAUGACGGAAAACUACAAACUCGGUAAAGAGCAUAUUAAAAAGUUUAGGGGCAUAUCAGCAAGAUGUUACUCAGUUGUAUCAACUGGUAAAAUUAUUCCAAAACACAGUAUCCAGCCAGUUAAGAGGCCACCAAAGGCACCGAGGACCAAGCAGCCAUCCAGAACUAAUCAGCCACUACUGUCUGAUACGCAGAAUCUGAUGCAGUGCACUGCCUUUGCAACAGCAGAUGAAUAUCAUCUUGGUAAUCUGUGUCAUGACCUGACUUCACAUGGAUAUGUUGAAAUAACAAGUUUGCCUAGAGAUGCUGCAAAUGUUUUGGUGAUUGGCACUGAGAAAUCUGCAAAAGAUGAUGAUGCUGGCAUGAUUUUUUUCUUCAGGGAAGGGGCUGUUGUGUUUUGGAAUGUGGAAGAGAAAACUAUGAAGAAUAUAAUGCAAGUGCUAGAACACCAUGAAAUUCAGCCAUAUGAAGUUGCAUUAGUACACUGGGAGAAUGAAGAGAUGAACUAUCGAAAAGGAGAAGGGCAGUCAAAGCUUCAUAAAGGAGAAAUCUUACUAAAUUCUGAGCUGGAUAUUGAUGAAUUUGUUCUGCAGAAAUUCGCCUUUUCAAAUGCUCUUUGUCUUUCUGUAAAACUGGCUAUUUGGGAAUCAUUACUGGAUAACUUUGUGGAAUCUAUCCAGUCAAUUCCUGAGAUACUAAAGUCAAGAAGGAAGGUGAAACUGUCUCAUGCAGAUGUAAUGCAGAAAAUUGGAGAACUGUUUGCAUUAAGACACCGUAUAAAUCUGAGUUCAGACCUGCUUAUAACACCUGACUUCUACUGGGAUAGAGAGAAACUAGAAGAGCUUUAUGACAAGACCUGCCAGUUUCUCAACAUUAAUCGCAGAGUUAAGGUAAUGAAUGAAAAGCUUCAGCACUGCAUGGAGCUGACAGACCUAAUGCGAAAUCACCUGAAUGAAAAGCAUGCUCUGCGCCUCGAGUGGAUGAUAGUAAUACUCAUCACCAUAGAGGUCAUGUUUGAACUUGCCAGAGUAAUUUUCUGAACACAGAAGAAGCUAAAGAGGAAGAAAACUGACAGAACUAUAAAGACAAUAUUGCCAAGAACAUUCCUGUCUAUUGUAAAUUUCUGGAAAAAAUAUUGCAGUCGUCUUUCGUGAUAAGUGUACAUCACCUACUCAAAUAAAAAAUGAAUCCAUGAACUUUA